AAGCUGAUUAUACUAGGAGACAAAGAAAUCAACAGUACCGCGCAUCAUGGUGUAAGCUGAUGAUGCUUGGGAGAGGGACACAGCUAUGUAAUCUGCUACGGCGUUGAAUAUUAGCCAACGACCGUGUACGUGUAAAACACGUGAGGAAGCUGAUGUACGUGACAGAUAUACAUUGUCAUGUCAGAGUUAAAGGUCAAACAUAUUUCCUUACUACAGACCCGUGUUAUAAUUGUGAGAUAAGUGUAUCUUCUGCUAGGUUCACACAGAUUACACGAUCAGCUGAUCGCCAGGGACGUUCGGUCUUCUCCAAACGUGAUUACACACAGGACUCCAACAUACCCAUGGUUUCUAAGGAAUCUAUCUGUGCCGGAUCUGCUGCGUGCUUGCAAGGUCACGCUGAGACUAUGACCCCAGAUACUCAAACACGCCGGACAAAGUGACAUGAAUAUGGCGGUAGAGAAAAGUGAAGUUGGUGACUCGCCUUCCACGAUAUUGCAGAUCAACCCUGUUGCGCCACUCCUGUGCAAGGACGAACAGACGUCCAACCAUGAGUUACCCAGUGUGACGGACAACGUUCCACCUCCUGAUGGAGGAUGGGGGUGGUUCGUUGUCCUUGGGAGUUUUCUGGCUCAUCUUAUCAUAGGAGGCUUCAUGCGAUCUGGAGGCGUGAUAUUCAUUGAACUUGAGCACAAAUUCCACCAAUCAGCGUCGGAUACUGCCUGGGCUGUGUCCCUACACACUAGUCUUCGUCUUUUAUUCGGUCCCCUGGCCAGCAUGCUGUGUAACCGUUUUUCCUGCCGGACGGUGACGAUCAUGGGAAGUCUCGUGUCAGCAAUCUCUGUCCUCAUCAGUGCUUUUGUUUCUAACCUGUUCGUCUUAUACUUAACAAAUGGACUUCUACUAGGUAUAGGCCAGGCUCUGAUAUAUACCACAUCCGUCGCCAUUGUUGGUCUGUAUUUCCACGCGCGGAGAGGCACGGCCGUUGGAAUUGCCAAUGCAGGAGUUGGAGCAGGAACAUUUUUAUUUCCGCCUCUGAUUGAGAUUAUGUUUAACCAGUAUGGUUUUAUGGGUACAUUCCUCAUAGUGGCAGGUCUGUUCCUUAAUGGUGUGGUGUGUGGCGCCCUCUACCGGCCCAUCAAAGCUGAAGACGAAGAUUUAGUGGUUGAAUACAGUGAACCGAGCCAUGAUGGCCACAAUGUAACGAAUGAGAAUGGUAGCUUGAUCCUGGUUCACUUCUCGCGAGAUGAUCUGCGUGCACUAUCCCACUCCAGUUUGUGCUAUGACAUAAACAUAUUAGGAAGCCUUCAACAUCUCAACAAAGCAGCAAAACUAAACGUUGUUCAGUUGCCCAGUGGGCCUCCGGGCUCUCCCUACGGAUAUGGCAGGGAAAGAGCAGAUAGCGAGUCCUGCCGUCCGCGAUCAAAGCAUUUGCUGGGAUCGGAUUUUGACAUGAGAAAUGAGCGAAUAAGAUCCGGAAGUGAUGUUACACCUAUUAAAAAGCAGGCAUUUAUCAACAGCAUGCAUGCCAGAUCGGCAAUGUUGCAUGUUGAAGAGGUAAAACAAUUGGAAAAAGAAUCUAUAUCAGAACCGGAAUCAGAGGAGCAAACGGAAUCAGAUGUAGAUAAAAAUAAAAUACUCGAUCUGUCUCCUUUAAAGAACAUCCGGUUUGCUACACUUGGAGUGGGUAUAGGACUAUUAACGUUGUCAUUUCAGUCUUCAUUUGUAUUUCUGCCCCCGCUUGUGCUACAAAGAGGAAUGUCAGAGAGCCAGGGGGCUUUUCUAGUCUCUAUAACGGGUGCUAUGGAAACAUUUGGCAGUGUGUCGUCUGGGUUUUUGGUUGACCUUGACAUUGUGCGACCACACCGCCUCACCAUUUACAACGCUGCUAUGGUGUUACUCGGUUUGCUGACAUUGGUGAUGCCCUUCCUCGAUUUUUUUGUCCUUCUCGCGUUUGUGUGCGGUGUGUAUGGGUGUGUGCUAGGUAUGUGUCUAGCGCAGAAGGCAACUCUCGUUGUGGACAUUACAGGGAUCGACAAUCUCGUAAGCUCUUUUGGAAUUCUCGUCUGUUUUCAGGGUAUUGGUACCCUCAUAGGACCGCCCCUUGCAGGCGCUAUAAAAGACAUUACGGGUAGGCACCAGGACGGAUUUCUAGUGGGAGGCGCCAUCUUGAUAUGUGCUGGUUUCAUUCAGGCUGGAGGUCUUCUCUACCAUCGCCUCUCUCGAACUACAAAAGAUGCAUAGGCAUCACACGUCUCCAAUACGACAGGAGCCUCGAGUUCAUCUCUCUGUUGCAGACGCAGAAACUUCAAUUCUAUAAGUAUUGUCCUAAAAGUGGCUAAGUAUCAAGCAAAGAGGUUGUUGAUGUAAAGGACACAUAGGUAUGCGAUGAUGCCAGACGACAAAAAAGAGUGAUUUUGCUUUAAUUUUAACAAAGUAUUUCAUCGAUAUUGACGACAAUGCAAAUUCCAGGUCGAGAUUGUCAAAAUUGUCGGUAAUGCUAAAAUACAGAUAUACAUCCACAUGUUUGCGAGAGAAUAAGAUGCUCGAGAAACGUCAAUGGCGGAAAUGUUAGUCUUACUGACUCACGUUUACGUAUUGAACUCUUGGGCUAUAUUCAUUCUGCGAGCAACUUCAUAUUGAGUACAUUAGCGAACGUAAUCCGUCACGGCAGCUUCAAAACUUACAUUCCAUCCUUAGUCUUCUACAAGUGUCCGGCAAUGCAGUCCAUAGUUAAAUACAUUAAUUAUAUUUAGAAUCCCAAUACAAUAUCGAGAUUAAUAAAUGAAUUCAAACUCUAGUUACCAAUUUAGGUUUGGGUUUGAUUAUUAAAAUGAUAACAUAGUAGUGCUUGAUAUAAACAGCAAUGUCUUUAUAUUAUAACUGGCGUCCAUUCUCUAAAUCUAAACCUCAUGCUGUCAUUUGACUCGUCAUUUAAACUUCUUUUGUACUUUAUAUUCCUGCGUCAAGACCAAUUUCUCUUGCUUGAUAAUAUACUAGUCACGAGAAUUCAUUUAAAUAACUGAAGAACACUUUGAGCGAAUCUAAAUAACAUUAAGAAUAUGUAUACAAGUUCCGUAAACAUAACGUAUCAAAAGGUUGUAGUUUAGGGUGACCAUGUCAUAUUAAAUGGGUUUGUUAUACGACUACUGUGACCUUGAAUGUAGAUCAACUUUAUUCAUUUACGUGUGAAAUGUAUCUUAUUGAGGGACAUGUCAUUGCUUUGUGAAAUAUGUGUGAUGAAGUGUAAAAAACACAAGAUUACCCGUGUAUGGUAGAUUGUGUGGAGAUGAUUGAUGUGAAGAAUGGAUAUAUUCACUGCUAAUACGCUCAAUUCUGCAGUUAUGUCACUUUAUCGAAAACAUGAGUGUACCAUUGUAUGAAAUGAGUGUAAUGUUGUAUGAAAUGAGUGUAAUGUAUGAAAUGAGUGUACUAUUGUUUGAAAUUGUGUACUGUUGUAUGAAAUGAGUGUACUACUGUAUGAAAUGAGUGUACUAUUGUAUGAAAUGAGUGUACUAUUGUAUGAAAUGAGUGUACUAUUGCAUGAAAUGAGUGUACUAUUGUAUGAAAUGAGUGUAUUGUUGUAUGAAAUGAGUGCUUUAUUGUUUGAAAUGAAUAUACUUUGGUAUGAAAUGAGUGUACUGUUGUAUGAAAUUUGUAUCGAGACACAGUCUUGUCGCAUACAUUUUGUUACAUAAAUAUGUACAUACAUUUUUACAUCAAAUACAUACAUAUAUUACUUAUCUACCAUCUACUACAUCAAUAUGCUACGCAUUAAAUGCAAUGUUUCUUUUAUAUUGAUAAACAUAAUUUAGUUAUUUCAGUAAGUAUUUUGCCUUUGCUUAUGUAAGCAGUUGUCACGCGAUGAAGACGUGACAGUCUAUUAUACUUGUUGUUGGCUGUUUAGAUAACUGAUAACAUAUUCGUAUGCACGCGUGUAGCCUCAUACAUACAUGCAUACUGCUGCUCACUCUUAAAUUUGCAAUACCUGGCAGAGAGAGUGAUGCAUUAUAAUUAACCAAUGUAUUGAUAUUCCAAUAACACCAUCACAAACUAGGACCGCCUUUAUGAUUAUUCUUAACUUAAGGAAAUUUCCCCAAUUAACUAAAUCUUAGGAAAGACUUAAGAAUAUUAAAAAUAAUGCCUUAAGAUUUUUCUCAUAAAAAUACUUAAGUUAAUGGUAAUGAGACCUGGACCUGAGAUAUUAAAAACAAAACACGAUAUUUUUUCUGCCAAUUCAACAACCUAUGAAAGUCAUACGCGAACGCCUAAUAUGCACUUCUAUAUAUCUUAGAAUUAUCUAAUCAUGCGUAUAGAGUAUUUUGUAUACCCUUCGUAUGUGAUAUGAUUUUUUUGUACAUUAAGCUUUCACGAAAGCAGGAUAUUUGACGUUUCUCUGUUCCGUCUUGCUACCACUAUCUCUUCGUUAUUUAUUAUAUCAGCGGUCUAUUUAAUGGCAGAAUUUGGUGAAACAGCAAAGGUUUGUUUACAUUUUACAAGUGCGAAUAUCGGUGUAAUCGGUCAAAGCUCUGGGUCAAUUUACCAACAUAAAUCUCUUAUGAUCAUUCUAGGUACCUUGUCUAUUGACAUUAGUUGAUGAUAUUUCAAAGGCAUAUUUACUUUUACAGAUCUUGGGUAAGCUCAAAUAGCAGCAAGAUCGGUCAAGGUCACUACUACCGAAAAUCAUUUAUCGCGUUUUAUCGGUGUCAUCAUUACUAGUAAAUAUAAUUUCGCAUUGUCGCUCUCACAUUGAUUAGUUUAUUCCAGAUAUUAACAAGAGGUCGCUUUAUCAAUUGGUAUACAAUUCAUUCUUGCUUGUAACAUUAAAUCCUUAUAUCUUGUUCUUUGCAUAUCCAUUUAAUAAUCGGUAAAGCGCACUAUGCAAUACACAUGCCUAUGUUUCAUAAUCUAAUAUGAUAAGGAGUAUAUACUAUUCAGUUAAUUAGUCAUGCUGUAAGAAUGAAUGUAUCUGAUAAGCAUGAUGUCAAAAACAACCAGACAUAACGUUCAUAUGUAUAAUUAGCUUGCUGUUUAAAGUCAUCUUUACAAUUCUCAGACAACACCGUUGUCUGUCGAUGACAACCAUGUCCAUGCAGUAUGAAUGGCUAUUCACCAAUCGUACUUUAGGAAAGUGCUGCCAUGGACCCACACCAUUAAUGCUAACGGCUAUUUUUGCAAUCGUUUGAUUUGUUAAGUAUCUGACCAUCUCAGUGGAAUGUUCAUGUCACAGUGUAAAUAAUUGGAAAUCAUCAAAUAUGUGUAUGACAGUGUCGAAGGGCAUUGAUUAAUAAGUAAACACAUGGUAUCAUGCAUGUAAUUUAGAAAUGAUGCUGUCAAAUAUCAAACAAAUGAAGUAUUAACCUGUAUUCUUUCCAGAGACAAGGUGAAAAAAUCAUGAACAUCAUUCCAAGCUAAUGAGAUUAUACUCGUUUUCUGUUAGAAGUAUUUGAACCCGAUCAUGUUUACCAUUUAUUGGACUGAAACAUAACUUAAUACUUAUAUUUCUGCUUGAUUUUAACAAUAUCUAAUAUUCAUAUUCGUUAUUCAUCUUAGAACUAGAUCACCAGUAAGCAGAAUUAAGACCAUAUUUUAACUGUUUCCAUUGUUAUGAUUAUGGCGUAACAGCUACAUAUUCAUUUUUAUGUAUUUAUAUUUAUAUAUGAAUAUAUCCUUGAUAAAUCAACUGGUCAGCUUACUUUUGCAAUUAAGAAAAAUGAAAUAUGAAAGAUAAGUCGUGUGUGGAGACGUCUUAAACGAAGUGCAAUUUUCAUUAUUGAAUAACCAAAAACGCAAAUGCCAAUGUUUAUAUGGUCUUUGAGAUAAUUAAUGAAUGGAUAUGUAUGAUGUCGGCUUCAUAACCUGAAUGCACAUUCCCAAGUGCCAAUGUACAUGUCACAAAGUGCCAAUGUAUUCUAAACCAGAAUGAAUGGUAAAGGUAACAUAAGCCUCACAAUUCCUGAUUAAUAAGAAGCAUUCCACCAGAUUGUGAGGAAAGGUGAAAGGUAUGCCACGGUUAUUGCUUAUCCAGAGUUGCAAGAUUCAUUUUAUAAAGUAAACACGUUUAUAAUUAGCACCCUGCACCAUUAAAAAGGAUUCACUAUAGUCAACAUUCCGAAAUUUGGUCUGUAGUUGUGUAUUACUUCUCAGGGGUCACACCACUUCCUUGUUUAUGCAUUUUAUAAGAACCCUGUGGUAUUAUAAGACAUUUCCUGUUUUGCGUAGAUGGCCCACUUCUCCGUCUAGGACGUCAUCAGCGUUUGUAAUAUCCCCACCGGGAUCCAACAUUUUAUAUGGUAACCCAGUGUUUCAAUUUAGUUUUGAUAUCCCCGAAAAGACGUUUUCUUUCCAGCAAUGAAAAAUCUUAAAUAUGAAACCUUUUAAAGUCUGCCAGGCAUAUAUACCUUUCAACACAUGCAUUCGUUGAAAACUUACUUUCUAGAAGUAUUUGUAUUCAACAAUUAUAUCAACGUCUAUGCCAAACAGAAGUCUGAGUCUGUGUAUGUGGUUUGGCUACGUAAAUAUCGGAGACGUCUGAUAAUAUGCGUAUUUUUCAAUAAAAUUUAUGUUAGUAUCCAGAUUUCAAUAUAAAUAGUUUGACACAAAAAUAAUAAUACAUUUGUAUACAUAUUUAUGAAGAACAGAUAUCAUGUGUUCGACGAGAAAUAAAAUAUAUCUCUGUUGAU